AUGGAAUCUGUCAAUGAAACUGAUUCUGGACUUAGAGUUAGUGAUGAUUGUAGCUUCGUAUAUGGUUUUGGAUAUGAUGAGUACAAUGAUGAUUAUAAGGUAGUUUGUGUGCGGCACAGAUUUCUCAUUCUGGAGGAUCAUGUUGUGGUCAAAAUAUAUAGUCUAAAGAGCAAUUCUUGUAGUAGUAUGGAUGAUAUUCCGGAUGUGGUGCGAUUGAUUAAACCAUGUAAAUUUGUAAAUGGGAAGCUUCAUUGGACUGGGGUGCUUAGUUGGGCUAAUAAUAUUUAUGGUGGUUUUCAUAAGGACUGGAACAUCGUUUCUAUUGAUUUGGCUGAUGAGAAAUGGGGAGAGGUGGAACAGCCUCGCUAUGGAGAAGAAGACUUUUCUUUGAAUCUUGAAGUGUUGGGAAGUGAUCUUUCUGUGUUAAGUAACUGCAUGAAAAACUAUACAGAAAGUCAUACAGAAGUGUGGGUUAUGAGAGAGUAUGGAGUUAAAGAGUCUUGGACAAAAAUGUAUACAAUCAAAAAUCGCGGUGAUAAUCCAAAGGAUGAAUCUAUCAGAUAUCCAAAGGUUACCAACUUUGGUUCCUGCGAUGCAGUGAACAUCUACGUUGAAAGCCUAGUUUGUGCCCCUCUUUUUGGAACGAACAAAGCACAAAGCAAGAAUAAAGGCAGCUGA